CUCAGAGGAGAAGGAGGCGCUUCUUUCGCUAUAGUCACGUGACGACCGCAUCCGGGCCUUUUGCCUUCUCUCCCUCUUCCCAACAUGGCGGCCUCAGCUAAAAAGAAGAACAAGAAGGGAAAGACCCUGACUCUGACAGAUUUUCUGGCAGAGGAUGGUGGUAGUGCUCCCACUUAUGUUCCAAAACCAGUCAGCUGGGCAGAUGAGACCGAUGACUUGGAAGGAGAUGUUUCUACCACCUGGCAUAGCAAUGACGACGAUGUGUACCGAGCCCCUCCGAUUGACCGUUCCAUCCUGCCCACUGCACCGCGGGCAGCUCGGGAGCCCAAUAUCAACAGAAGCCGUCUCCCAAAAUCACCCCCCUACACUGCCUUUCUAGGAAACUUGCCCUAUGAUGUAACAGAAGAAUCUAUCAAGGACUUCUUCAGAGGACUGAAUAUAAGUGCUGUUCGUUUACCACGAGAACCUAGUAAUCCAGAGAGGUUGAAAGGAUUUGGAUAUGCUGAGUUUGAAGACCUGGACUCCUUGCUCAGUGCUUUGAGCCUCAACGAAGAGUCUCUAGGGAACAGAAGAAUACGAGUGGAUGUGGCUGAUCAAGCUCAGGAUAAAGAUCGGGAUGAUCGCUCUUUCGGUAGAGACCGUGAUCGCAACCGGGAUUCAGAGAGAUUUGAGACUGAUUGGAGGGCUCGUCCUGCAACAGACAGCUUUGAUGACUUCCCUCCUCGCAGAAGCGAGGAUAGCUUUGGAGACCGGUAUCGGGAUCGAGAUCGGGAUCGUUAUGAUUCAGAUCGAUACCGUGAUGGCCCCCGAAGAGAUAUGGACCGUUUUGGGGGUCGGGAUCGCUAUGAUGACCGUAGAGAUUAUGACAGAGGAGGCUUCGAUUCAAGGUCAGGCAGUGGCAGGAGGGCUUUUGGUAGUGGAUACCGCCGGGACGAUGAUUACAGGGGUGGUGGUGAUCGCUAUGAGGAUCGUUAUGAGAGGCGGGAUGACCGGAUGGAUCGGUGGAGCAGCUCACGGGAUGACUAUAGCAGGGAUGACAGUCGACGGGAUGAUAGAGGUCCCACUCAGAGGCCCAAAUUGAAUCUGAAGCCUCGGAGCACACCCAAGGAGGAAGAUACAUCUGUAGCUCCUGCUACCCAGUCUAGCCGUGCAGCCUCCAUCUUUGGGGGGGCCAAACCUGUGGAUACUGCUGCAAGGGAGCGUGAAGUAGAAGAGAGGCUACAGAAGGAACAAGAGAAACUCCAGCGCCAACUGGAAGAUGAUAAGCCCAGGCUGGAACGACGGCCCAGGGAACGGCACCCCAGCUGGCGUAGUGAAGAUAAUCAAGAGCGGUCACGGACUGGGAGCGAAUCCUCACAGACUGGCAGUACAACCCCUUCUGUGGGAACAGGCCCAACAGGAAGAACCUCACGGAGAAGAGAGAGUGAAAAGUCAUUGGAAAAUGAAAAUAUAAGCAAAGAAGAUGAAGGUCUGUCUCCCACAUCCAAGAAUUCCAGGGAAGAGAAGCAGCCCUUGAAGGUGAUGCCAGCUCCUCCACCAAAAGAAAAUGCUUGGGUAAAACGCAGCAGCAACUCGCACCCAGCACGCUCACAGAGUUCCGAUUCGGACCAGCAUUCCCCUACCAGUGGCAGCCAGGCAGUACCACCCUUGCCAUCAGAAGAUGGAGUGUCCUCCAAGAACACAGCAAGAAAAGGCGAUGAAAACAGACCUGAUGGUGAAAUGGAAAGUGUUCCAAAAGGCCGAAGUGGGAGUUCUGGCCAUGGUCCUGGAGAUGGAGGCAGCAGAGACCAUUGGCAAGACUCAGAUAGGAAAGAAAGUAAGGAGCCUGACUCAAGAUCUGCAUCUGAGCCAAAGAAAUUUGAAGAGAACCCUGCCCCUAAAUUUAGCUAUGCUAGCAAGUAUGCUGCUUUGUCGGUGGAUGGUGAUGAUGAAGCUGAGGGAGACGAAUAUGCCGACUAAAAUUCUCCAUCCCCUCUAUGUCUUCUCCUAAGCAGUUGCCAUCCAGGAACAUUUGGAGAGCAAAACCAAACCUUUAUUCAGACAAGACAGAAAAAUAAAAGCCUACAAGUCAACAUCUCCUUGGAGAUACCUUUCUUAAAUCCUUUCCAAACAAAAACCAUACACAAAAGUCAUACAGUUUCUCUUGCAUGCUGCUGCAGCCUUUAAAGUAUUGAACUAACUGGAGAAUUUCUUGCAAAAAAAUGUAGCAAGAGAGAAAAUGGCAGGUGUCUUUUAAAAAAAGGAAUAGGUGCAGUAUGUGUCUUGAAUGUGACUUCAUGCAGCUUCUCACCGUGUCAGAGACCCACUCUGUUAAGAACUGAGUGCAGUGCUUUAGCAGGCCAAGUGCGUGUGAGAGAGUGUAUUGAAGAUUUGCACUGUGGCCUGUUUCCCUCUUUUACCAGUAGGUUGACUUCUGCAACAUAACCUGAAAAUAAUCUCCUUGAAAGCACGAGAGCAUUGAGGGAGUUGAGGAGGCCUGCUUUAAUGGUGGGAGAAAGGCAUAAUGAAAUAGCUUCCAAAUGAGAUGAUUGCAUCUCUGAAUGUUAGAUACAAGUGCUUCCCCUCUUGUUAGAGUGCAAUUGAUGACUUCAAUUGUAACGUAACCCAGCUGUCGCUGAAAUCUAACAGAUGUGGAGAAGACCAGGCAGUACUUAGGCUACCAGGCGGUAGAGCUUUGCUUACCAAGGGUAUUCUCUUCUUGGAAGCUUUAGAGCUGAUCCUGCUGUUGUAUUCUGACUUCUUCCAACAUGGAAGGUGCUGAAAAUGGCUCCUGAGUAGAAGAAAACUGUCCACAUGGUUCAGCCAAAUACUGCAGACAAUUUCUCUAUAUAUACUUGUGGUAGCUAGGGCUGUGCGGUGUUGGCAUGUAGAGUAUGCAGUUUGAUUGAACCGUGGGGAGAGUAAUUUUAUAUGUUACAGGUGUCACAGUAUGAAACCAGUUUUCAGUAACCUCUUUGCAAAUAGCUGCAGUGUAUGAAGGAACCAUUGAAUUUUUGGGAAUCAAUAACUGGAUCAAUUUCUAGAGACCAGGACCUUUCCUUGAAAUACUUUCCUCUUCCACACACUUUUAAUCACUGGGGUACAAACACAAACACUAUUGCAAAUAGAAAUAGCACCCUUAUAAAUCUCGGGCACUGUUCAGAAGUAGCAAGGGGGUCAUUCAAGGCACAGCUAAGCAUCUUUCCUUGUUGCAUCAUGUGGCUCUUGCCUUCCUUUCUCCCACUUGGGCAAGUGAAUGUGCAACAUAGAUUGUAAACUAUGUUGAAUUUUAGCUCCUUUGAUUCCUUUUGAAAGCAAUCUCUGCUGCCACCACUCUACACUCUUGAGAGGUCACAUUUGGUGAAAAAAAAAUCUUGUCCGUUUGUUGUUUAUGCAGUCUUGUCUCUUUUAUUCUUUGAGCCUAAGGGGUAAGAAAAACGGAAGAAUUGUAACACAGGGAAGCUGAAGUAGCACAAGGUUUUAAUAGCCAGCUCUCCGGAACAUGGUUAUAUGGCGGAUGCAGAGUGUCUGGCUAGAAGGAGUAAGUAGAUUUAUGAGGUGUGCACAGCACUCAUUAAGGAGCUGUCACCUUUUCGUGCGGGGAGAACAGUAUGAUUUUGCUCUUGAAAUAAACCCAGCUGGAUCAAAUAGAGGAUUCAGCUUAUUGUAAAGCUGCAAUGCUUGGUGUCUUAUUUCAGUAAUUUUUAGCUAACGUUUAAGUAGGUCCUUUGAAAUUUAAAGCAUAUUGGCAUGUCCCAUGGGCAAGAUACAGUGUUUGGGUGAGGGGAGAGCCUGCUGAGAGUGAAAAUGGAUUUGCAAUGCAAUAUUGCUUUGAUUCUCUGAAAUGCAGGAGGUGAACUGUUAAUUUGCAUACCCCUGAAACAUUUUCUUCUCUCCCUCCUCCUUUGCAUAUUUCUCUCUAUGCUAUCAGAACAGGUUCACUAAUGGAAUGAGGUGCAUUUUACACAUUCUGAAGACAUGUAAAAUUUGUACAAAAUAUCUUCUAUGAAAAUGAUUUGUAACCUGUGUGGACUUCCUCGGAGAUGUCUUUUAUUAUGUAAAAUUCCCCUUCUGCGCCUUCUUGUUUUUUUCCCUCCAAAUAAAACCAAUCUUUAAAAUAA